CAAAAAAAAAAAAAAAAAAAAAAAAUCUCUGCUUUGAAGAAUCAUCAACACUUUCAGAUUUCCAGAUUUUAGAUUUGUAAUCAACGAUGGCGACUGAGACUCUCACCGAUAAGAAUGUUGUUUUCAGAAAGCUUAAAUCAAAAUCCGAGAACAAGGUGUGUUUCGAUUGUAGUGCGAAGAAUCCAACUUGGGCUUCGGUUCCUUAUGGUAUCUUUCUGUGUAUCGAUUGUUCAGCUGUUCAUCGAAGUCUCGGUGUUCAUAUCAGCUUCGUGAGGUCAACGAAUUUAGACUCGUGGAGUCCUGAGCAGCUAAGAACGAUGAUGUUUGGUGGGAACAACCGAGCUCAGGUGUUUUUCAAGCAACAUGGAUGGAAUGAUGGUGGAAAAAUCGAGGCUAAGUACACUUCAAGAGCUGCUGAUUUAUAUAGACAGACUCUUGCUAAGGAAGUUGCUAAAGCCAUGGCGGAAGAAACUGGUUUAUCGGCAUUGCCUUCUUCUGCUGCUACUUCUCAGCCAAUAGAGUCAUCUAAGAAUGGGGUUUCUUCUGAACCUUCAACAAAAGAGAGUUCUUUGGUUAAGCAAGAUGAAACUGUUGUCUCCUCUUCUUCACCGAAAGCUUCUCAGAAAGUUGUGGCUAGUACUUUUAAGAAACCUCUUGUGUCGAGAAAGACAGGGAAGACUGGUGGUCUUGGCGCUCGUAAGCUUACUACUAAGCCACAAGACAACCUCUAUGAGCAGAAGCCCGAAGAACCUGUACCUGUGAUUCCUGCUGCUUCUAUAACUAAAGACACAUCAUCAGCUGGACCAUCAUUUGCUUCUCGAUUUGAGUACUUCGAUGAUGAGCAAUCUGGUGGGCAAAGUGGCACACGAGUGCUUAGCCAUGUUGCUCCACCAAAGUCAUCAAAUUUUUUCAAUGAAUUUGGAAUGGACAGUGCUUUCCCCAAGAAAUCAAGCUCAAGCUCAUCCAAAGUUCAGGUUGAAGAAACGGAUGAAGCAAGAAAGAAGUUCUCAAAUGCAAAAUCAAUCUCCUCUGCCCAAUUUUUCGGAAAUCAGAACAGAGAUGCCGAUCUGGACUCAAAAGCUACCCUUCAAAAGUUCUCAGGCUCAGCAGCUAUUUCAAGUUCCGAUCUUUUUGGCCGAGGACCAGAUGAUGGCGACAUCGACAUCACUGCGAGCGAUCUCAUCAACAGAAUUUCAUUCCAGGCGCAGCAAGAUAUGUCAUCAAUUGCGAACUUGGCGGAAGAAACAAAGAAUAAGCUCGGAACAUUUGCCUCUAGUAUAUUCAGUGAUCUUCAGGAUAGAAUGCUGUAAGAAAAAGAAAAAAAUAUACAUAGAUCUAUGUCUUUUGGUGUAACUUACAUACAGCGGACACAUUGUCGGAUCUAAAUGUCAUUCUUUUGCUUGGUUUGUAGUAGUUGAAAGAGUUAUUUUUGUGGUAAGAUGUUUAUGUGGAAUUUGAUCAUUUAAUGUAUGAUAGUAUAUGUUAUUGAAAACUGGAAAGGGUUUAUACUGUA